AUGGCCAGGAGAGAAGUUAAGCUAAAGGUAAACAUAGAAGAGUUAUUGAACGCAUUUCAGACUAUAGACAGAAAAUACGUUUCUAAGAUAGGAGAUGUAUGCAAUGAUGAUCUUAUAGAAAUAUUUUUGAACGGGCUAAAAGACAUCUUUAGAAAGCAUCUACAAAUAGAGAGCGAGCACAGCGAAAAAGAAAACAGUGUUAUUUUAGAAGCAAUCAUAAAUAACAUGAACCACUACUUUAUAUAUAAUGAACAUGGAAGAAUUAUUAUAUUCACUUUGCAUGAUGCAUUAAGGGAUAGGGACAGCAAGAGAAUCAGAAGUAUGGUUAUUAGGCUAGCUAAUGAACUCAUAAAGCCUAAUUCCCUUAUAUACAGGCCAGAGCACGGAAUAAAUAUGCAGUUUGACAAGAAUAAGUCUCUAGAAAAUAUAGACCCAAAUGACGAGAAUGCAGACCUAAGCGCCAGAACAUACACGCUAGAGAUAGACAGUAUGGGCUUUUCUAGCAUGGAAAGUUUUCUGCAGGCCUCUGCAGAGAGGCUGGAUGCACAUAAUUUCCGUUUUAUUUCCGAAUCAGGUGAUGUGAGAGAUAUAAAUAAUCUUAAAAUGGGAUCAUUAGCACUAAAACGCUACAACCUAUAUGAGCUAUACACUAAAAAAUAUGAAAACACAGGCAUGCUAUUAAUAGACUAUGGAAUGAAGCUUAUCUAUGAAAAGCAGAAAGAAAUUGAAGAGUUGAUCGAUCUAAUCAACGAAAUAAAUUAUACUUCUAACAAUGAGAUAAAAGAUACGUUAAUGGAAGAAAUUCCCAAGCUAUUUAGCCGUAAAGAGCUAGGAAUAAUCUGUUCCAUCAGAGAUAACGCACCAUCUAUUACAACUGAAAAAAUACUUCAAACCAGAAUACUUAAUUUAGUCGAAUACAUGAUAAAAAACAACAUAUUCUUGGAAGAAAAAAAUGAAGAAAAAGUAUUGAAGAUAGGCACUAACUUGAAUGGCUUUUAUGAAAACUACAUAAAUACGAGUGAAAGGUUUGUAAAAAUGGCAGAAGAUAACAGAAACAGGCUAAAUGAUGAGAUAAAAGUGUAUUCACAAAUCCUAAAAGACAAAGAGGCCCUGUAUUUUCAGCUAGGAGAAGAAGAGACUGAAGAGAAGGAAAGGGUGAAGUGUUCUAUUAACAACCUGGAAAACGAAAUAUACCUGCUAAAGUGUGACAGCGAAAAAGAAUAUAUAACGAAAUCUGUCUGUAUAGAUAGGCUUAAGAAAAAUCGACGUACAUUAGAGUUUCUAAGUGUCGAGCAAGAAGAAUACAUAUCCAGAAAGAUCAAAGAAUUUGCAAAUGCACAAAAAAUAAAAAUAGGCGAGCCAGAAGGAUUGAUAAACCGAAAAAAAGAUAUAGUAAAAACAAUGAUUGUAGGUGCUGCUUUUCUGGGAGGAGCAACAAUAGCGGCUUAUAAUCAGCUUUCAAAGGAAGGUGAAAUACCUGAUUCUAGCGCUCGUAAUGUGCUGAACAGUGACAAAACAUCAUCGCACCACGAGCAGCAAUAG